CAGCACCCUCAACCAGUAUUUACAAAACACGUCAGCCGGUAAAUUUUUCUAUUCUAAUUAAGUGUUUUAAAGAGAAAACCGAGUAAAAAUGGCUUCAAUUGACCACAAAUAUAGUAUUUUAUUACCUACAUACAAUGAGAAAGAAAAUUUGCCUAUAAUUAUUUGGCUCAUUGUCAAGUAUCUUAGUGAAAGUGGCUACAAAUAUGAAAUUAUUGUAAUAGACGAUGGUAGUCCAGAUGGAACUAUGGAUGUUGCCAAGGACCUACAAAAGAUUUAUGGGGCAAAGACUAUAAUACUACGACCACGCGCCUCCAAAUUGGGAUUAGGCACAGCAUACAUACAUGGUAUUAAACAUGCUACUGGAGAUUUUAUUAUUAUCAUGGAUGCAGAUUUAAGUCAUCACCCUAAGUUUAUACCCAAGUUUAUUGAGCUUCAAGCGAAAGAAGAUUACGAUAUUGUUUCGGGUACACGGUAUAGCGGCGAUGGUGGGGUUUUUGGUUGGGAUUUCAAGCGCAAGUUGAUUUCGCGUGGUGCUAAUUUUCUUUCACAAAUUUUAUUGCGGCCAAAUGCUUCGGAUCUAACAGGCUCAUUUCGUUUAUACAAAAAGAAUGUGCUUGAGAAAUGUAUUGCGAGUUGUGUCUCCAAGGGAUACGUCUUCCAAAUGGAAAUGUUGGUUCGCGCUAGACAACAUGGCUACAGUAUUGGUGAAGUCCCUAUAACUUUUGUAGAUCGCUUGUAUGGCUCUUCAAAAUUAGGUGGUACAGAAAUUGUACAAUUUGCUAAAAAUCUAUUGUACUUGUUUGCUACGACAUAAUAAAUUGUCAUAAAAUAAAUAUGUAUAAUAAUCUGUAAAUCAAUCAAAAUCAAGGUCUUAAGUAAAUAUAGCCAUUAUGGACGAAUUCUUUAUUAUAUAAUAAAAACGAUCGCAC